AUGCCUCAUAUUGCAAACACCCCCGAAUCCCUGGUAUCUCGCUCGGAUUCGCUGGAUCCAGCCACAACAUGCAGAGGCGUGACUGCAAAUGGCCGGCCAUGUCGCCGCGCUCUGGCUGCUUCACCAGGGAGCACACCCAAGGGAGCAGCGCUAGAAUCGCUAUACUGCUGGCAGCACAAAGAUCAAGCAACACCGGCACCCAGCAAUAUGGGAUCCCAUCGGCCGUCGCAGACGUCCGGAGUGCAGCCGAGAACGAGUAUCGAUACCUUGAUGGAUCGGCUCGGUGUGCUCAAUAUCAAUGACCCGCAGCAAGAUCCAACCAAGAUCAGGCGACGCAAACCCAGGAAGCGGACCGUGUGCUGUUGUUUUGAGAUCGUGGAAGACGUUGAAGACGAGCGGCCUCCGCGACCUGUGAGCACUGCUAUGCAGCAGGUCCCAUCAUCCAGCUCGUACCCUGGCUGGCCUAAGCCACCGGCUCAAAAGCCGUCGUCGCAGUCGGAAUAUCUCUCGUCUGACCGGCCAUCUCUCCAAAGUGCACAGGCUUCUUCAUCCUCGUCUAACACGGGCGCUCUAUUAGCAUGGAUUCCCCAGUCAUUGACGCCUCAAACAACUUCCUCUCUUCUCACGGAGCUGGCCAAGCCGAUCUCCGACGCGGAUGAGCCGGGCUACAUCUACAUGUUUUGGAUCACUCCGUCCACAGCCUCGAGAUCACCACCGCCUUCUGAGAUCGCAAGGUCCCUCGUCCCGGAAGCUCGCCCGUCGACGCAUAUCCGUACUGUCGGUGAUGCCCUUCAAACGGCGCGAGACCUCAACGUUCUGGCUCCGAACCCAACUGGUCAGACUCCAGGGACCAUCCGCCUCAAGAUCGGCCGGACGAGUAAUGUGCAGCGCAGACUCAACGAGUGGACGAGGCAAUGCUCUAACCAUUUGACGUUGAUUCGAUACUGCCCCUAUACACCAUCAACGCCAUCUCCAUCUCCAUCACCGGGUCAGCUACAGCCAGGACGUGAUCGGGCAAACAGCUCUGCGAAAGCAGGAAGGAAGGUGCCGCAUGUGCAUCGCGUGGAGCGAUUGAUUCAUCUGGAGCUGGGAGACGUGAAGAUACGAGAUCUGGGGCCUUGUGCAGAGUGCGGAAAGGAGCAUCGGGAGUGGUUUGAGGUCGCCGCGGAGAAGCAAGCUCUCAAGCAGGUGGACGAGUGUAUCAGGAGAUGGGUGGAGUGGGCAGAAAGCCAGAGGGUGUGA